AUGCUGAGCGUGGCCGGAAGGGGUGUCCGCAACUUGAUCCCGACGCGUUCGGUGUCUCUCAGUGCGUCUCGCAAGUCAGUGGAGAUUUUAAAUUUAGCCUCAUAAUUAUAAAAAAAAAUGCAUUCCUAUUAAGUUCACAAUGACAAAAUUCGUGGAGGCUGUGAAGAAGAUAUUGUUACCAAAAAUAUCGUAGAAGCUUUAUAAACUUUGUUGAAGACCAGUAGUAAUUAAAAAAAAUUUCAAUCGCAAAUAUAGAGAAAAAAUGAUCCUAAGAAAGCUUAUAGCCAAUUCCUGGCUAACUUGACACGCUAGGAGGCGUGGGCUGUCUGCGCAUCGUGUCAGGACCCAUGUUUCGAUGGCUCAAGUCAGCCGUGGAAUAGCUAUACGUUCAUGAUCAGCAAGCCAUUUUGGCCUAGGAAAUUUUGCAAACAACACAUUUUCAUUUACUUUAUGAUCUUUUCUGAAGACUUCAUAUUUUUCAAACCCAAUAUUAUGAGAAAAAAAAUGUUUGGACCUCUUACAACUUCAAAUUUCAGCGACGUCAAACGCAGCAACGUCGCCGAGUACAAGAUCGUCGAUCAUGCUUAUGACGCCGUGGUUGUUGGAGCUGGAGGAGCUGGUCUGCGAGCCGCCAUGGGACUUUCCGAGGGAGGACUCAAAACUGCAGUUAUCACCAAGCUUUUCCCCACUCGUUCUCACACCGUCGCCGCUCAAGGAGGUUCAGCAAUGCUAGUUUUUCCAUUAAACGUAUCUCUUCAGGCAUCAACGCGGCUUUGGGUAACAUGAACCCUGAUAACUGGAGAUGGCACUUUUACGACACUGUCAAGGUAAUUUUUUAUUUUUGAAGCAUUCAUCUGAUUUUUUCUCCAGGGUUCGGAUUGGCUCGGAGACCAAGACGCUAUCCAUUACAUGACCCGCGAAGCCGAACGAGCUGUCAUUGAACUUGAAAACUAUGGUUCGCAGUAGCUUCAGCGGAAAUUUGAAGACGGUGGCAUUAAGGUAUGCCGUUCUCCCGUACCACUGACGGAAAGAUCUACCAACGCGCUUUCGGAGGACAAUCCAACGAUUUUGGUCGCGGUGGACAGGCUCACAGGUUAGAUAGGAAUAUGUCAGCAGAACAGGACUACGAGCCGGAUAUCUUUUUUUUUUUUGAUGAAAAGAGAAUGUAUGAACGAAUGAAGUUAUUAAAACGCACGCUAACAGGAGUGGGGGGGAGGUAUUUUUACUUCAGCUUUGGGAUUUACCUGAAAAUCUUGAUGUACCAGAUAAAGAUCCUGAAAAUCUAAACCUGCACAGCUUCCUAGUUUCAGAGAAAUAAGGGCUUGAAGCUUCAAAAUCAAUUAUUUAGUGAAUUGAAGUAUAUAUUAACUGAUCUUCAAUAGAUUACCAAUCUUCACCAGAAAAAGAAACAAGCCAAACCCAUUUUUCAGAACCUGUUGCGUCGCUGACAGAACUGGCCACUCUCUUCUCCACACUCUCUACGGUGCUUCUCUUCAGUACGACUGCAAUUAUUUUGUCGAAUACUUUGCCCUGGACCUCAUCAUGGACAAAGGCGCCUGCGUUGGAGUCAUCGCCAUGAACCUCGAAGACGGAACUCUUCAUCGCUUCCGCUCGAAGAAUACUGUUUUGGCGACCGGAGGAUACGGUCGCGCUUUCUUCUCCUGCACCUCAGCUCACACCUGCACUGGAGACGGUAGGUUUUUACUUGUGUUAUUUAUAAAAUGGAAUAAGGAGGUUUAAAUUGCGCAGACAGGCCACCAGCGUCUUAAGUUGGCCGUAAAUUGACUAAAUUGCAAGUGACAUAAUCUCCCUAAAAUCGCUUUCUCACGGUUCGAAGUACACUAAAAAUUUCGUUCGAGUUCAAAAAAGCAAGCGCUAAACUUUUGUGCUUGAAAGUUUAUUUGAAAAGAUUGUUAUGAUCCCAUCUCCACUUGGAAAAGUUUAAAAAAAGCUUUUUUUUCUCGUAUUGAUUAUUCUACCAUUAUAACUUCUAAAAAAAUAAAAUUGGUUCGGUAAAAAAAAACGAACAAGGUAAAGUGAAAAACAGAAAUUUUUCUAAACUACAUGGAUCAAAAUUUUUCAGGUACCGCCUUGACCGCUCGAGCUGGAAUCAACAACUCCGACAUGGAGUUUGUUCAGUUCCAUCCUACUGGAAUCUACGGCGCCGGUUGCCUGAUCACCGAAGGUUCUCGAGGAGAAGGAGGAUUCCUCGUCAACUCUCAGGUUUUGUAGUGGUUUGAUGACAUUCGAUUAAGAAUCGAAAACAACGGAGAAAAAUUUUUUUAAAUUUUUUUAAAUUUAAAAACUUUGCUUUUUAAGAAGAGAGAUUUUUUUUCUUUAAAGUAGGUAUUCGUAAGGUUCUUUGCGCGUAUCUUGAUCAAGUCUUGAGAAAAUUCCAUAAUCGCCCCCCUAGAUAAAAUGUGGGGGGCUAUCUCCCCUCCCCACAGUUCUAAGUGAAUGAUAAUUCAAAAUUAGCAGGGGGGACGAUUCUGAUAAUAUUUAUUGAAAUACACGUCUUCAUUUGGUGGUAUGAAAAAAACACCGGCGAAAAUUUAAACGGCGACUUUUCCGAUUUUUUCAUAUCGCUAGGGAACUUUCCGACGGCCACUUUCCGACGAAACUUUUUCCGACUUUUUUUCUCGAUAAGCUCUUCGUUUUACAUCUUCCUAUAUAAAUUAGGUAGUUGGUUAAUGAUUAAAACACAAAUAAAUAGAAAAAAAUGUUCAUAGAUGUUUUAUAAACCUAAAAAGCAUAAGGGAAAAAAGUCGGAAAAAGUUUCGUCGGAAAGGUGGCCGUCGGAAAGUUCCCUAGCGAAAUGAAAAAAUUGGAAAAGUCGCCGUUUGAACUUUCGCUGGUGUUUUUUCAUACCACCCUUCAUUUAGUAAAAAAUUCAAACUAAAGGUUGAAAUUCAAAUGGAAAAAAAGGGAGUUCUUCUGGUCGGGCUAUUUUUUUACACCGGGGUCAUUAAGAUAUAUAUCCAAAUUCUCAAACCUUCUGCAUUCUUCUUCCAUUCUUAUAUGAGAAAUAACUAGUUCAACUAAUUCUCAGAACUUUUCAGGGAGAACGUUUCAUGGAACGUUAUGCUCCUGUAGCGAAAGACUUGGCUUCCCGCGACGUCGUCUCUCGUUCGAUGACCAUCGAAAUCAUGGAAGGCCGUGGAGUUGGCCCGGACAGUGAUCAUAUCUACCUGCAGCUGCACCAUCUCCCAGCGGAACAACUCCAGCAGAGACUUCCUGGUAGGAACAUUAUCUAUCAGCUUCCAUCUCAACUUUUGAUUUUGAGGUAUCUCUGAAACUGCCAUGAUCUUCGCCGGCGUUGACGUCACGAAAGAACCGAUUCCAGUCAUUCCUACUGUUCACUACAACAUGGGCGGUGUUCCAACCAAUUACAAGGGACAGGUAUGGCUUUACUGAGAUAGCAAUUAUAUUUCCAUAAAUUGAACCAAGAGAACCAUUUCUAAGCUAGAAAGUUUUGAGAAGUGUAAACUUUGAAAAUUUUUCGAAUCGAGUCCAGUUGAUGAAAAAAAGUUGAAACGGAUGAAAAGCCAAAGUUUGAAAAUGUAUCUGUUGAAGUUUGAAACAGUAAGUUUACAAAAUGCCGGGUUUUUCAUGUUGAGCUUUUUCCCUUCUCCUUUCAUUUCUCUUGAGUUUGGGUUUUAUUCCUGAGCAAAAAAAAAACCAAAAAAUGAACUCGAAACAAUUUAAAACAAAAAUUUUCCGUUUCCUCUUUCUCCUGACUUGAAACAGCAAUGUGAAAUUGAAAUUUACGAUCUAGAAAAUGAUUUUUCCAGGUCCUUCAAUAUACUCCAGAGAAGGGAGACCAAGUUGUUCCUGGACUUUACGCCGCUGGAGAGUGUGGAGCUCACUCUGUCCACGGAGCCAAUCGUCUCGGUGCCAACUCCUUGCUCGACUUGGUCAUCUUCGGCCGAGCUUGCGCUCUCACGUAAAAAUCCUGUUUUGGAUUAAAAAAUAGGAAUGGUUUUUAGCAUCUUGGGUGACACCAAGCCUGGAGUUGGAGUUCCUGAUUUGCCGAAAAACGCUGGCGAGGCUUCGAUCGCCAACUUGGACAACCUUCUCAACAAGAAGGUACGUUAACACUUUUUUAAAAAAAGAAUGAGUUUGAUUUUUUUUUUUUCCAGGGAGACAUCCCUACCCCAGAACUUCGUUUGAGCAUGCAAAAGGCCAUGCAGAAGCACGCCGCCGUCUUCCGUCGUGGAGAUAUUCUCAAGGUCCCUCUCAAAAAAAUCUUCUUCUGUAUCUUAUUAUCGUUUCAGGAAGGCGUGGAGAUUCUCAGCAAGCUCUACAAAGACCAACAGCAUUUGGAUGUGGGAGACAAGAGCCUCGUGUGGAAUUCGGAUCUUGUUGAGACCCUCGAACUCCAGAACUUGCUGAUCAACGCCACGCAGACUAUUGUUGCAGCGGAAAACCGCAAAGUGGGUUAAAAAUAACGGAUAUGAAACAACUUGGAUUAAUUGUUAAAGUUCGAAAAACACUUUCGGUAUUUUUUUCAUUUUAGAAAGAGACAUAACGGUGUCAUUGCUUCAAACCCAAAAUUUUGAUUUUUGCGGGAAAAAAGGUUUUUCAAAUUUGCGUUUAGAGUCGAAAUCUUUUAGAAUCUAUCCUUUGCUCGUCUUUCUUUUGACGCAGGAGGAAUUUUUUUUUACUGUGCGGUUGGGAGUUUAUUGAAAAUUAGUCAGAAAACUUUUUGUUGUACCAGAUAAAAAAAUCCUGAAAGUCUCAAUCUGCAGAACUUACUAGUUUUUAGAAAUAAGGUUUUAAAGUCUCGAAAUAGUCUAUUUUCAUGAGUUUUGAAAUUUUUCUUCGACUUUGAAUCGCCGUUUCCCAAAAAAUAAAAAUUUGGGCAGGUAGAGGCUUUUAGAAUCUUCUUCUGGUACAUCAAAGAACGUCCUCACCAAUUUGCAGGAAAACGCCAACCGUAAAGUAAAAUUAACACCCUUGUGACAGAAGAGAGAAAGAAAAAUAGAUCAGUGCAAAAUAUCAAAGAAAUAGGAAUCAGAAUUUCAUUUCAGGAAUCCCGAGGAGCCCACGCUCGCGACGACUUCCCUGACCGCAUCGAUGAGUACGACUACAGCAAGCCACUGGACGGUCAGACCAAGAAGAAGUACGAAGAUCACUGGCGCAAGCACACGAUCAUCAACUCGAACGUCGAGACCGGAGAAGUGACGCUGACCUACCGCCCAGUCAUCGACACAACCCUCGACAAAUCCGAAACCGACUGGGUCCCACCGAAAGUCCGCUCUUAUUAAAUUCCCACGAUUCCUUCCUCUUUCCUUCUUGUUAUUCACACGGGGAUAGGGAGAGAUUCUUGGCUCUAUUUACUUCCAAUUUUUUAACCUUUCAGUAGAAAUCUCACUUUUUCAUCAUCAAUGGCUUCCAAAAUUGGGAGAAGUAUCGCCAAACUGUUCUUUGGGCCGUCAUAAGAUCCUACCGCCUCUUAUUCAUAAUUUGUUUGAAACAAAGUUUUUAAAUUAAUCUUUUUGUGUUGAUUUUUGUGUACCCUUGAUUCGAUGUUCAUUUUACGUAGAUUUUUGAAAAAAGUAGUCUGUUUAUUGUUUCAGCGAUUUUGUUUUAUUUGCAACUGGUCAAUAAAAAAAUAGGCUAUCUAGAAAUUAUCUGCUGUUUCUUUUUGAGAAAAAGUGAUUAUUUUUUUAAAAAUAAUUGCAUGAAAAAAAUGCUUCAGUUUCAUGGGUUUGAUAGUUACAAUCAAAACACCAAGGUUGUUUGAAAAAUGCUAAAAAAUCGAGAGCUUCUAUAAUCUGUAUGAUAAUUUAAAAAAAUUGCAAAAAGGGAUGUCUUUUAAACAAAAAUUUCAUUUGGUCACAAAUUUUUUGAAGUCUCACUUUUGUAAUGAACUUUAAGGCAAAGAAUUGUUUUUUAGGAUGAAAAAUAAUUCAAUAUUCGCUCCCUGAAAUCUUCAAAUAUGCAGGAGCAGUACCCAGUAAUUUGCUGCUCCAGAAUCCACAAAAAUUUGAAACUGUUCAGAAACUUAAAAAAAUUAUUUUUUUCAGACGCGGAGAAUUUUCGUUUAAAUAAGCGACGUCUUCAAAAAAACUGAGCAAGCGUUCGGUGAAUAUACUAAUUUAUAUCAAAAAUUCUCUUCAGCAAUUUCCCAAUCAUUCUGUUGUAUGCCUGAUAAUCCUGAAUGGAUUACAAACCGCGGCAGAAUCAGGCAGACUGUUGGAAAAAUUAUAUGUCCACAAAGGCCGCAAAACAGCUCUCGAGAAGUCAAUCGAUAUUAACGCGCACAGCCCUUGGGAGGUUCUUGUCAAGGUUAUGGAGCUUCGCAGAGCCGUUAGACUUUUAUAUUUAUAUCCAUUCUUUAUUUAUUUUCUGAAAUUUCCUUAACAGAAGAAACUGUAAUCACUGACAAUCUGAUAAUUGUCUGUUUUAUUUUUUUGAAAGAAUUUCCAUUAAAAACCUGUUGCUCGAAUCCUAUUCAGUUGUGGAUACAGUUGUUGAAUACUUAAAUUUUUAAAAAACCAUUAUUUCAUUAAUUUUACACAAAAUCCUCAAGAUUUGAAAGAAAAUGACCCUCUGUACGAUUUUUGUUCAAAUUUCACCAACUGUCGUAAAAUUCGAUUAUUGUAUCAUUAUUCUUCUUUAUGAAGAGCUUAAUCUAUUAGAACUAUCUCAAACACUUAUAUCGAUAUAUCCGCUAUCCCUGCAAGUUGUAAAAGGAUCGCACGGUUUUUACCGCGCACACUUUGCUCACUUCACAGUUUUGGCGUUCGAAUUUCAAAUAAAAAAACUUCGAUACUCGGAAUUAUUCUAAUUUUUGCUUAUCGGAUUUUUUUCGAAUUAAAUUUUAUUUUCUGUUACAAACACUUCAAUUUUUUUCAUACUUUAAACUUUUUUUGUGCUCACUUAUUAUUAUUGAGGUUUACUAUUUCUGCCAAAACCAGAAUCAAAAAAAUGAACAUCAAAAUUUUCCACUCAAAUUUUUGCCAACGCAAAAUGUUCACGAUCAUUUUGAAGUAUAUUAAUAUUUUUUUGAAGUUAGAAGUUGUUAAAAUUUGUUUCAGUAUAGAUAUUUCCAAAAAGCUUUUGCACACAAAAUUUCCGAAACUGUUCUCCUUGUUUUUCGAUGAUUCAAGGGUUACGUCAAACUGUGCAUUUAUUAUUGAAACACAUAAAAAUACUUAUUUUUCUACUGUUUGAAUUUCAGGACAUUUAACAUCAAAGAGCACCUGAGUCGCCUAUAAGGUGACUUUUGCAGCCUCCCAUGUCGUCGUUUCUUCACACUCCUCCUCCGGACUGUAUGCAUGAGGUUUGAAUUGGACUACCAUUCUAAACAAAAAAAAACUGAUUAGUCUGAAAACACUUUGGAUGAAAAUCGAAACAAAUUAAUUUCAGGCAAUACUUUUUCGCCACAUGGAAACGGUCCCAUCUUUCACAAUACAGGAAAGAAAACGUUUUGAUUCUCUAACCAGGUUUUUUAUAUUUUUUACCAACCUUCCGCAAAAAAUAUGAAAAUUGCAGUAUGAAUUUUAACGAAUUUUUCUUUAACGGAGAGCCUCGUCUCUGUCCUGAACGCCAUAUUUUAUACAAGGUUUCAUUCGCAGUUAUUCCAUCCUUCAACAUUUAUUUCUCAGGCCAACCGGCUUUUGGAACGAUUUUUGGAUGUUCUGAUAGAUAUGAGGGCGAAGAAGAAGUCAGAAAGUAUAAGAAGAAGAAUGUUCCACGUUUUUGUUAAACUGGGACACAUCACUUUGUUAGGUCAAGACUGGGCGAGAGGUUAGAGAAAUUCAGAGUUUUGUAGAGGAGAAACAUAAAUUUCAGCUCUGUCCGCCUAUCAAAGCGCUUACCGACUGAUUUCCGACGAAUUUUGGCGAGAUCCUGCAAAUUACUAUGGCUUGGGCCUUGUGUACCUUCACUUCAAGGAAUACAAGCUGUGGGUUAAAUUUCAAACAGUUUCAUGCUUGUUAGAUUUUUUAAUCAGUGAUAAACCGCGAGAGCUUUUGUAGCCAAAUUUUCACGUCUUGAAAAUUCCUUAAAGCUUACCAAUCAACUAUGAAGCUGCGGUUAAGCUCAUUUCGGCCAAAAAUAAAGCUUUGAGUGCGAUAAAAAUCCUAUAAACCUAUCAAAAGAACGAUUGAAAGUCAAGUAAAGUAAAAUGAAAGGAAUGAGCAGGCGAUCGUUGCCAAGCAGCCAUCUCUUGAAGUUGAUUCCCAAGGGAGAUGUCAACCUCAAUUUUGCCUCGCAUCCUGAUAAUUGUUAAAAAAACGUGAUUGCAGAGCGGCCGAUGCUUUUUCCCGUCUUCUCUACAGCUUCCCAUCUUUUGAUGGAGCCAUUGAGACAAAAACGAGGCUUGCGGUAUGUUACCAGAACAUCAGCGACUUCGGCCGUGCUUCCAAGGUCUGAAGUUUUUUUGAUUAAGGAACCAAGCUGAAAAAGAAAAAAUAAUUUUUUCCAAGCAAGAUUCGUUACGAUACAAGAGAGCCAAAAUAUUAACCCUCACAAUGUAAAAAUCCUCAAAAUCUUGCCUAAUCGGGAUCCCAAAAAAAAUUAUCCUUUUCGCAAGCUGUAAAGUUAUCUGUUUCAAAAGGAUAAGUACAUAGUGAUACAGCCAAAAAAUAUGAAUAGUUCCACAGUUUUAAGUUUGAAACGUAAAUCUCAAUUAGAACGAAAUCGAAGUGUUUUUUUGAAAGCUUAAAAAAAUAAAAAGAAAUUAUUUUUUUAGUACUAUAACCAAGCGCUUGCCGACACUGGAGAAACUUCCUUCAUGUCCAAGUCACACGUUCGGUUCAACAUUGCGUUGAGCCAGGAGAAUAAUUCCGAGCUGGACAAAGCCGAAGCAGACUAUAAGACUCUACUGGAAGAUGUAAGUUGGGAUUGAAAAACAAAAAAUAUACUUAUAAAUGGAAAAAUAGAAAAUCUAGUAUUCUUUUUUUGAAGUGAUUGGAAGAUUGAUUAGAAACUUAAAAUUUAGUUACGCAAUUCUCCCGCCUGCUCUACCGCUUCUGACACGGCUUCGGUUUCCGGCAACGGCUCCGAUUCAUUACCAGAUAAACCGGAAUUAUACUCACCAGAACAGCUAAAAGUUAUCGCUGCUGUCUACCGACAACUUGGUAGAUUAAUGAAACUUACCAGAUAAAAAAAGUUAAAAAAAUAGGCUGGAUCGAAUACCGCAGGAGCCAUUGCGACGACCAGGAAACUCGGACGAAGCAUCUACAGGAAGCGGAGAAGAACCUAACCUUGUCGCAAAACUACGAAUCGUCAUGUGGAACCACCUUCUAUUACCUCGGCAGAUGUUACGGCGAAAUUGAUGAGAGGGUGGGUAUUAUCAUUUUUUAUUCUUAUCAGAGACGUGUUUUCCGAAGGAAAUUCUCGUUCUGUUCAGGCGCACGACGCAUUCGUGAACUACCGGCAGUCGAUCGAUAAAAGCGAAGCGAGCGCCGACACGUGGUGCAGCAUCGGAGCGCUUUACCAGAAGCAGACGCAGCCUAUGGAUGCUCUUCAGGUUACUGUGCAUUUGGAAAAGUUCAUUGAAUAAUAGUUUUAAUAACUUGUUGGAAAUAUCACACAGUUAAUGUUUCGCUGUUCAGGUUACUGUAGAUUUGAGAAAAAGGAUCAAAAAAAUAACCAAAAAAAGAAUCAGAAAAAUUAUAUAGAAAAAUGCUUCCUGGUUACUACAGUACCGUCCAAAAAUAGCUCAACUCUUAGGUUUUUGCCUUAAUUCUCUUUAAAAUUAGGAAAUCUCAACCAAAUAUGAACUUCGGUGUAUCAAAACGCCCAAAAUUUUUUCAGACCAAAAAUAAUUUUCCUUGAAAUUUCGAAAAAAUCUGGUUUUUUGCAACAUUAGGAAACCGGCGUAAAAAUGAAACAUAAACCAAACGAAUUUUAAAAAUAUUGAUAUAAACGUCAAGAGGGGGAAGAAUAGAAGAAGAAAAAUCAAGGAGUAAUAGGAUAUGAAUCGAUGACGUGAUCAGGAUUUUUUUCUGUAGUUUUCUACUUUUUGAAGUUUUCUUAGCCAGUGAAAUUUGAAAAACAUCAUUAAAUUGAAAAUGGGAACAAGAACUUCAAGUUCAGAUUGCUUUUUCAUUUGAAGUUGAUGUGAGAAAUUGCUUUGUAGACAAAAAAAUUCUAGUAAUAACUACAUAAUUUUGACAUGGCGAAAAUCUGAUUUGAAAAAAAGUCAAUAAAACAGACCUUUGCUUCUUUUUUUGACUGAUGACUAAGUAUUGAUAUUGAAACAGGGUCUAAAAAAUAAUCAUAUUCUCAAUUUCACAACAGUAACUAACUCGAUGUAUAUUUACUAAGUUUAGGGGUUGAAUAUUUUUUUGAUUAAGAUGUUUAAAAAAAUCAAAAAAAUCGUUUUUUUAGACUAGAUGAAAAAGGAAACUUUUUUUCAUUUCACCUGUGGAAAUAUUGAAAAAAUGGGAUCAGAAGUCUAGCUUUCAUUGGUUUACAAAGCUAAAUGCUUAGCAAUUUUAAUUUUUCCUAGAAUGAAAAGUUCGAUUUCAGGCGUUCAUAUGCGCCGUCGAACUUGAUCCAGAACAUUCAGCCGCGUGGACAGAUCUGGGAGAGUUGUACGAAAAGAACGCUCAAUAUUUCGACGCCCUUGAAUGCUUCCGAAAAGCGGUCAAAUACAAUCCAUGUGAGUUUUAGCUGCAUCAAUUUAUCAAUUGCAAAAAUCUUUCGAUACUGUUUUUCAUCUCUUUCCCUUCGAUUUCUGUUAGGAAUAGAUGACAUUCGUUUUUUCGGUUCUCAUCCUUCAUGUCUGUGUCGCGUCCAGACAUCAAAAGAGGAGCGCCGGCUGGUCACGGCGCGCGCAACUUUUCUUUGUUAGUGGCACCUGCCAAAGGCGCUGACCGCCCUUUCAUCUUAAAGAUUUCUCACGGGCAAAACGAUUCGUUCACGCUCGGAAUUUUCUUCCCUAUUACAUUCCUAUAGUUUAAUCUAAUACUAAUAUUGCUUUUCGACGAAUUUCAAAAAGUUUCUCGUUGUGACACUUCAUUUCUAUUCUGUUCGGAUUCAAUGAUAAAAGGGAAAUUAUCAUCUAAUAAAAAUACUAGCUGAUUAUUAAGAACGAUUGCGCUGAAAUAUUUCGAUCUGCAGACUAAAUUUUCCUAACUUCUUUUUCUGAAAAUGAUAUCUUUAGCAAGGAAGUUCAUUACUUUGCGAUUAGGAAUUUCCUUGAAAGUUAGCCAGAACAAUCCUCGUUGUAUCAAAUAAAGAUCCCAGAAAUCUCAACCUGAACAACUUCCUACUUAACGAGAAGUAAGGGCCUGAAUUUCUAGAAUAAGGAAUUUGAGGGUUCUCUUUGACUUGUAGCUCAUUUUUCAAAAACGAGGAAGUUUUACAGGUUGAAGCUUUCAGAAUCGUUUUCUGGUAAAUUAAGGAGCGUUCUGGCCAACUUUCAGGAACAUCCCAAACGCCAAGUGAAAUGAUUUACCUUGUGAAAGUAGAUUCCAACCUAUUCUUCAAAAUGACAAAAAGAAAUAUCUAAAACUUGGUGGCAAAAAAAGCAAAGUCUUCACUAAAAUCUUAGUCCAAAUCCAAGAAAACUUGAAAAAAGCGAAGAGAAAGAUCGCAAUGACUGAGACUAUGCUUCACUGAGAGAAAUCGAAAACAACAGGAAGAUAGAUUCGCCAGACGUACGGAUUAUCCACGGACAAAAAAACUUGUGAUAGUGCGAGUUUCUGAUUGGAAAUCAAGAAAAAGUCAAAGUUAUACCUUUGAUUUAAAUAUAAUAGAUUCAUCGUAAAAAUAUAUCCAGACUCAAAAAAAGAUUUUGUCUGAUCGACAAAUAGUGUAAUUAUUAUCUGGGGUUAGAAUAGAAGGAAAAAAACCUGCGAAAUUCCUAGUCCCGCCAAAAAGAAUCUAGUCCAAAACAAAACAUAACCCUUCUUCAAUUUUGAAAAGAAAUGACCUAAAAACCAAGGAAACUGUAAAUCUUCUAAAAUUUGUCUAAACGUUUUUCGAUGUGUUUUGAAAAAGUUAUGUGAACUUAUUUUAUUCUCAAGUCAACUAUACUUUGUAUAUCAGGGCCGGAUUUCAGGCGUUAUCGGGAAACUUUCGUGACGGAAACUCAUUCACCGUUGUCUUGAAAAAACGUCCAAUGAAAGCUUUCACAUGCUAUCAACUUUUUUUUAGCACUUCCUUGCAAACUUGGCGUAAAUGGACUUCAGCUAAUAUUUCUUCCCCAAAAAAAUGGACGAUACAUUUUUGAUGGAACGUCACUUUUUUCUUGCAUUAAACGUGAGAAAAAAACUAUACGAUUCGACAAAAUCGAGUUUUAUAUUAAAUCAAACAAUGUCAAGGCUCCUUUUCUCAUCGGUGCACGGAGCGACGGCCGGUGUGUAAUGCACUUUUUGCCCUCGCGCUCGCGAUGUUGUUUUGUGGUGUUCCCAGAAACGUUUUGUACUGUCCUGCACUCAGAAAUAGAUCUUUGUGUAAUCUUUUCUUCCUUCAUCCUUUAUCCUUAGAACAAAGAAAAAACUGUUCCUUUUUGUUCAGGUCUGGGAAAACCAACGCUUUUUGACAUUUUUGUACAUCCUUUCUGUGUAUGCAUCGGUGUUCCGCUUUUCUAAGAUUAUAAAAUUCAUUUUUUGCUGAAAUAUUUUUGCAGUAACAAAUCAUCUUCGAACAUUUGACCACUCAAAAAGCGAAAUUUUGAUCCUUUUCCCUUUCUAAAAAGUUUUUUUUCGCUCAUCACUCCUUUAUAUCCGUCUCUAAUUGAUGAUUUACACAGCUUGGCCGAUUAACCCCAUUAAUUGCAGAGGAACAGGUGAACGUUCGAAAUCGCACUUUCAAAGAGUUUUCCGUUUCAAUGACCUUCCCACUUGUCUCAGCCUUGCUGGAUGGCAUAUUUGGACAGGAGUAUUUUUGGAAGAUGUAUUCCUUCAAAUUAGAGAAAACUGGCCUCCCGAAAAUUCAUAAUUUCUAGAAAUAUAGAGUCGAAAAUCAAAGGAGGCUGUCAAUGAGAAUGAUUGAACAUUCUUGAAAGGAUCCAAUUCAAAAUCCUAAAAACACAACAUAAGUUCUUCAAAAUUAGUACAUAGGGAAAAGUCGGAAAGAUGUGAAGGUUCCAUAAAAAUUGUCCCAUUUAUGGUGACAAAGGCUCCCCUUUUGUUGCCUUUAUGCGCCAUUUUCUUAGCUUUUAUGCACCAUGUUUGCUGUCUCUUCUUAAAAUGAGAGCCUUAAAAAUUCUAGAAAAAAUGAAAGGUUCGAUAAAGAAACUCAUUUUGCUGCCUUUUCUGCGGCCUUUUGAGCCCUUAUUAGCGUUUUCCAGUUUUCCGACUUUAGAAACAAAUUCAGACUUUCCCUAAUAAGGUUUUAGCCUGACUGAGAACAUCAGCUCUUUUUCAAAAUUUCCAACUCUUCGAGACUUUAUUGAAGUCUCACACUCCUCACUAAUACUCCUUUCAAUCUGCACUCCCUUUUCUUUUUUCUCAAGACUCUUGGAAGAGAAUCGUUCAGAAAUAAUAGUUAAUUUGUGUCAGUCUACAACAAAACGGUUUGUUCGACUGGUUGUUGUAGUAUUGCACGUACAACGCCCCUCUUCUCCCACAGGCCCCUUUUUGGUGCAUUCGCCGUUUUUUCCCUUUUCCUUCUCCUUUUUUUUGUCUGGAGCGGCGCACGUUACGAUUACAGUAUCUUUGUGGGUUUUUCUUUAAAAUGAGUCUCUAGAGAGUGUGAAGAGUUAGAAAUUGAAAGAAAAACGGUUUCUUCUCUUUUUGGCUAAUUGACAGUAACGCUUGAAUGAUAAAUUUUUUUCCAGUUUCAAGGUCUCGAGAAAUGCAGGGUGGCACCCCUUAUCAGUCGUCGUUUUACAACCAGUUUCGCGUUUUUAUCCGAGAAGAGAGGUUUCACUGAUCUGUUGGUCAGCUCCUUUUCUGAAAAAUGGAUUCAUUACCAAAACUUGUCAUUCGCAGUAUUCUCUCAGAUUAUUUUUAAAAAUUGAAAACAUCAAUUUUUAUCCCAAAAUCUUGGAAUGUGAAUGGAACUAAAAAAAAAUGUGCAUCAUUAAAAAAAAACGUAUCUUUGGACCUUCACGGAGAGUGCGCCCUAUCAGACGCCCCCUGCACCGCGGCCUUGCGUAUCUGACCUCUGUUAUUGUUUCUCGACCUCCGUUGUGGCAGUUGGUCGGCUCACCCUGGCAGAACGUUGUCGGUUCUUCCUUCUCUUCGUUCCGUCUUUUUUUCGAAUUUAUGUUGUUUUCUUUUCUUAGCCAUGGUCGUAUACUUCUUUUCGCUUGGGAAUGAUGCCUUCUCGUUUCUAUAAAUGUUUUCCGAACUUUCAAUAUUCCAUUUUCCCGGGAUUCAAAACAGUUUACCUCUUUCUACAAGUAACAAAAGAAGUAUCAUACUUUGCUCUCUUUUUCAUAACUUUGCUAUUUAAUCUUUUCUCUUUCCUUCUAGCAUAGUACAAGUCAUUCACAUAAAGCCAGCCAAACGGACUAAAUUAAAGGAUGCUCGGCUAAUCCCCACCCGCCAUUUGAUUGCCAACAAGACCUUCUGUCUAAUCCGAAAAAGGCAUUCUUGUCGAAAAAAGGAUUGAACCCCUAAUUGGCAGUGUGGGAGGCUGAAGCCAGACGCCGUGCCAGUGGAAGGCCGAGGCCAAAAGGCCAGCGGCUGGUCAUCUGUAGGUCGUGGUCUCUGCGGUCGCAGCGUCUUGCCAGGCGGUCUCUGAUCUCUCUGACUUCUCUCACGCCCUCCUACUACCCACGCUCUCUGCUCGGUUUGGCUCCUUCGGCCUCGUACAACGCUUUUCUCUCGCUUCUACGGCCUCUCACGUACGCAACGAUCAAUUUUCCUUCCUUUACCAACGGCGUCGACCACAGCGGCUAUUUUCACUGUUUUUGAUACGGUUUUUGUUGUUAGUGUGUUGUCCACUUAUUGCACUAGUUACAAGUUUUCCUCCCUUUUUCUCAGAGCAAACUCUCAUUAUUGACUCUGACUCACCGAUAAUCUUUUGCAUCAUGGCAUAACAAUACGUCCAGCAUUAAGCUUCAUUUACUACUCUGCAGAUAAGAAGUUGUUUGCUCUCCAAUAAAUAGUUAAUGUGAUAAGUCUGAUGUCAUUCUUUGAAUUUUUCCUGAUCAAAUCUCGGCUUGGCAGUGUACUCGUUAAGGUUUUCAUUUUGACAAAAAUUUUUGAAAGCUUCAAACUAAUUUUUCCGGUCUAAUAUUGUUCUAUGUAGAUAACUUAAAUUCAUCAAACUAAUUUUCAUAUUUUUUUCUUGGAUUAGUGUUGACAGUUGACAUAUUUUCUAACUUUUUUCCAGAAAUAAUUUUCUUCUCCCAACUUCAAUCUUAUUGCUAGUACAAACUAUAUCUUUAUCCGCGUUGACUCUCCAAUCGUCGGAUCAUAUUUACAUCAACAAUCAUUAACUAUCAAAUUUACUGUUGCGGCAAAGUUCUUGGCCUCGAAAAUGCAAAUUUUGCCUGAAAAGUGUAAUAAACCCGUUUUCGCCUUAUUCAGUUCUUACUCGAAAAUAGGUUUACUAAUGAGAAAAUUUUUCAGGUGCUCCAGAGCCGUUGAAAGCACGGAUAGUCGUGCUAGAAAAAGAGCUCAACUUGCCAGCGCAGGUGCCACAACGACCACAAGGCACGCAAGCACCGAAGUCUGUUUUCCUCUUUUCGUUUUUUUGCAGUCAAGUGUAAGAUCAUUAGUGGCCUGCUUGAGAUUGAUAACACUGGGAAAUGUCGGCGCAUCCCAUCAGAUUGCUCUCAUUUAUUUUUAGCAGCGUCUAUCCGAUUUUACAGCAUCCAGCUUAAUUUGAAUAAGCUUAGAAUCUGCAUUUUUGUUGCGGCACGGCUCCACAACCAGUCGUUUCAAACUCCUUUUUGAUGCAGCGAAUCAUCAACCUCACCCAUGGAGCUAGUCACAUUUAACAGAGAGAUGUUCAGAACUGCCAAUUAGAAAAGGCUUAUUUCCCACCUCUGCAAGUCUGAACCAAGGGAUCGAAGUAGAUUGAAAAGUUUUCAAGUAAAAAGAACGAACAGACGCUCUGGACUCUUACAAAAAACCUUUUCGUACCACAAACACGUGGGAGUUCAUUGAAAGCAACAGACGUCUCGCGGUUUGCCGCCGACGUUUGCCCACUUCCUAUACUCUUUUUAAACACACAUGAGAUCUUGGCAAAUAAAAAAAUAUUUCAUUUUUCGAAAACCCUCUUAACUUCACAGUUCCGUCCCAUCCAAUGAAUUGGGAGCGAAAACUUCGAGAAAUCACAAGAGUUUGUAAGGGGCGUUUCCAAUAUUUUCCCACAUUUCAUUUAGACUCUUUCAUGAUAAGAUAAGAAAGACACGUUUCCGUUUUUUUCUCACUCGCCAGGAGAAUAAAAUCGCUGAAAUGUGUAGAUAAGAGCUGCCUUUCCAGGCAUCGUCCAAUUAUUGUGGGUCUGGGUUAAAUAAAUAGAGUGGCCACGUUGAUUGGGGCGCUGUUAUCAUUGAUAAGGCCCUGUGAUAGUAAGGCACCUUGAGAACUACCUACUAUUUCCCUUCAUGAUUUGAUGCUUGUUCUCUGGAAUUUGUUGCUUUUCAGACCUCUUCCAUCGCUGAAAGACGCUUGGACGCAGCCAAUCCCAUCGGAGCUGCGCGGACGACAGGAAGAGUUUUAUAGGGUUCGUAGUUCCAUUCGUACCCGGAAACUAGAAGAAAAAAGUCGGGAUGGGUUCGAAUACAAAACUUUGUUGCCACAAAGAGAAGAAUGUUGUCUGGGUCUCCCAGAUGGUUCAACUGAAGACUUUCAAUUCAUCUUAUCAAAACCGCUUUAUCAUUUGGACUGUGACAACCAAAUGACCGCGUUUUUUUCUGCUUGAGGUCGCUUCUUUGCGACUUUCAGUUUUUAUUUGAUAAGCUACGUGUAUAUAAGCGUUUUUUUAAUCUCUUCAGCAGCUUAGAUUGAGAUCUCUGUUGUCUUUUUUUUGGUCCUUUUUCCUUUUAAAGAAGUUCUCAUUUCGCUAAGUGCAGAUUAGAAAGUGCGAAUGUAAGCCAUAUAAAAAAAAUUCUCACGCAAGAGGCGGGCAUUCCAUCCAAUCUCUUGCUUCAUCAGGGGCAGCAGGUGUUUUUUCUUUUCGGAAAUCUUUUGCUUUUCCUCUAGGAAAUGUUCAUUUUGCAGAAAGUCUCGUUUUCUUCUUGGUUUAUAUUAUUUUAAACUCAAGUUUUUUCAAAUGCACACAGCCUUGAAAACAAGAAAAACUUCUAAAAGUCUGCAAGCCAAGUGGGAUACCUUUUGCUCUCAAAAUAAAAAAUCUAGCAUUCUCAUCUACACCUUUGAAAAAAAACUUUUCUAUUAUUUUUUUUUGUUUUUUUGAUCUCCUCAUCUCGGGCCAAACUAAAACCAAUGGAAUAUCCUUGUUUAUCAUAAAAUCCAGCGCAAACAUUUCUCAGCCCACGCCUUUCUUAUCACACCUUCCCAGCUUAAAGAAAAGAUAUGCCUGCAAAAGGAAAACAUGAACUCCCCCACUUUCACAGGAAAUCAUUAGAGCUUAGUGCGGAGGCAGCAUAAUCAGUGUGCUUGAUAAUGAUUCGAGUGAGAACUUGUGAUUCACAGAAGUUGGAGCUGCGAGAAAAGCGAACCGACGAUUGGGAAUAAUUAUAUGAACUUCAUUUUCGGCUUUUUCCCAUGAACUUUAGCUCUUUGCACGUCAGCCCGCUUGCUCUUUUAGUACAACAUGAGUCAGGCUUUCUCAAAACAAUUUCCUUCUUUGCAGGUAAAAGAACAGCGUUAUCGUGACGGUAGCUUACUUUGGAGGAUGGGCGAUCUCAGUGUUCCGCAAGGCGAGCAGGUAAUAAAAAAAAAAUUAAGGGGUCGCUCAAAAGGUGUUUGCCUGAUAAAUGCGUACCUAGUGAAAAAAAAACAAAAAAAAAGUACAUUGGAGAUUGAUUGAACAAGUUGUCAGGAGGUAACUAAAGAUACGAUAAAAGGACCAUCUCAGGAAUUCUAGAGUGUUCACUUUAGGGGUUAGGGUGAAAGCAACCUUUUUAGGAGCCGAAAAAGGGGUCCCUUCAGUGGUACAAUUUUUCAUCCCCUGGAAAUGCUUAGAGAUCAUAAAAAUUAUUGACUAGCAUGACCCCUAUAGGGAUCACUUCUGUGAGCUUUAAUGGUCCCUAUAGGGGUUUGUGGAGCGGUCCCUAAAGUGGAUCCUUCAGGGGCCGCUAUAGGGACGAGUCUGGAGUUUACACUAGCAUCUUUUCCAGAUAAACUUUUCAUUUUAUUCUGAAAGGCUUAAAAUAAGUUUGGUAAUUCAGUCUGUAGUCCCCCGCUAUUAAGACGUCUCCAAAUUCCAAUUUUUUAGCGUCUCAUUUACUCGCUGAACGACAUACAAGUCCAAAUAAUGCAGCUGCUCUACAUGAACAGAGAUCGAAUCAACGAAACGGAGAAGGGCGUCCUUGAAGAACUAGAGAUCCAAUACCGACUAGCUGAGGUAUUUUAUUGAUAAAUGAGUGGCGCAAAAGUGAAAAAAAAUUCAGCGUCAUGUUGAUGAACGACUGAUCGCGCAUCUGACGUCAUCUUUGCCGUCGUUUUCUGAAGGUGACGUCAUUUCGCUCCGUGAGACAGGUCACCUUCUCAUGGCAUACGAGAAUGGAGAAAGUAAUAUUUUUAGUGUUGAAAGUAGUCACGAACCGUUUUUUUCAGCUUAUCAUCGUCAGAAGUUGGCACGACACACUGAGCUGCCAACAACAUUCAGGUAAUUGCAUGGUGCUGAGUUGGAUCUAAUCAGAAUUCUUCAGUCUGCUCUCGCGUGUGCUGAUCUCUCCAGAUGCGACAGCUAAGGAAAUUCUCGACAUGGCGUCGAUUCGCGCAGAGAAGCCAAGAGACUUCUAUCCUAUCUUCGACGAGGAUGUACCGGCUCCAAUGCCUCCUGAGCGACCGAAGCCGGAGUAUAACUUUGUUAGUCAAGAUAUUCUCAUUCGAUUCAAUCUGCUGCUUUCUUCCAGUUCACUACGGACCGUAAUCAUUUGCUUCGUCCGACUCCUCUUUUGAUCGUGGAGUCGCGCAAGGACGCUCAGGCUAUUGAGCUUCAGAGGUGAAAAUUUCGGUCUGAACAACUAUCAAGGUGAAACUUUUAGAUACUGCGAAGGAGCUCACAUCGCAUUGAUUCGCGGGCUCACCGGUGUGCUUCGAAUGGACUUGUCGCUUUUCUCCACUAAGACUUUGCUCGAAGUUGCUGCUGCGGAUGAGAUGGAGGUGCGAUAGGAUUCCCAUUACUACUCGAAUUCUUCUUCGAUAUAAAUACUUGGAUGUUAUAGGUCCGCACUCAAUACCGUAUGCCAACAGAAGUUAACGUCGAUCAUCUUGGAACGGCCACUUGGGAGUGCUACAGUACUCGCAAGUUCACCUCUGUAACCAAGUAUGCUCAGUAUCAAGCUGAGACGUUCAAGCACUCACUGAAAGGUUCAUUACAAACUGAGACUAGUAGAAAAAUUUGUUGGUUUUCAGAAGAAGCUGAAAAGCUGCGUCAGACAGGAACAAAGUACUCGCAGCAGGCGGAAAGUGCGCAAGUUGGCAAGCGCAGAAAAGGUAUCGACCCAUUUUAUGUUCAGAACUCAUAAUCUGUUUUAGGACCAUCGGCAAGUUCGGCAGUAGCACUUGGUGAAGAUUGUCCGCUGCCAUUGAAGACCAUCAAAUUCGGCACAAACGUAGACCUUUCGGAUGACAACAAGUGGCGCCUCCAGCUUCAGGUUGAGAGAAAAGCAUAUAAAUGAAUAGUUUGGGAAAUUUCAGGAGCUCUCCAAAAUGCCACCGUUCUGCCGAUUGAUUGCGGGAUGCAAUAUGUUGUCUCAUCUCGGCCAUACCGUACUUGGCAUGAACACGGUCCAGCUGUACAUGAAAGUAGACAAAAUUGCCUAAAAUCAAGUUCAAAUUUGGACUUCCAGGUUCCUGGCUCUCGCACUCCAGCUCACAUGGAGAACAACUGCUUCGCGUCGGUCAACAUCAAUAUUGGUCCUGGGGACUGCGAAUGGUUCGGAUGUCCUCAUGAGUACUGGGGUGUCAUCAACGAGAUGUGCAACAGGUAGAGCAUCUGUAGGAAAAUCGUAAUGUUUCAUUUCAUUUUUUAUAGACGAGGAAUCGAUUUCUUGCGAGGCUCGUAUUGGCCAAACUAUGAAGAUCUUUUGGCAGAGAACAUUCCUGUUUAUCGGUAAACUUUUAUUAGAGUUUCUUAAUAGAUCAAAAAACUGCAGUUUCACUCAAAAAGCUGGUGACCUUGUCUGGGUUGGCGGCGGCUGCAUCCAUUGGGUCCAGGCAACCGGAUGGUGUAACAACAUCGCCUGGAACGUCGGACCGAUGACUUGCUCUCAGCUGAGCAUGUCGACUUAUUCGUACGAAUGGAACAAGCUUCAGGUAAAAAUUUGUCCCGAAAAUUUCUCAGUGUUUUAUCUCGACUUCCAGGGCUACAAGUCGUUGGUUCCUAUGCAGCAUCUCGCUUGGCAGCUGGCCAAAAACAUCCACUUCCACAACCAGACUAUGUACACAACUGUACGAUACCUUUUGAUCCGCUCUCUCGCUUUCUGUAAGAUGGUCGCUGACUUUGCUGUGUCGAAGGGCAAGGUAACAGUUUUUCGGAAUAUUUCUUGCUAAUACUCAGAAUUUUCAGUCGCUGAAGCCCCAGUCGCGAACCAAAGGAGAAGUGACUCAUUAUUGCACUCUUUGUGAGGUAAGACAUUAUGAAAACUUAUUAGAGAAUGAAAAUAAUUAAUAAAACACUUGAUCAAGGAUUAUUUUUCAGAUCGAAGUUUUCAACAUUCUCUUCGUCAAGGAAGUGAACGGCAAGUUCCCAGUCUACUGUGUGUACUGCUCGAAGAGGUUUUUAAACCAGCUUUUCCAUGCUACAACCAACUUUUUUUCAGAAGCGGCUUGGACCAGUACAUCGUCCUGCAACAGAUCACCUUCAGCGAACUCGCCGGAAUCUACGACAACAUGGUUCUGAACCUGAACCCCAAGGGCCCCGUCGCCUCGUCUCCGGCUUCUACGGAAAACAGCACGUCGACAUCAACUGCUUCCAUCGGCAUGUCCUCCUAG